AGUAACACGUCUAUCCGACUAUUAAAUUUUAUUUAUAGACCUUUACACUUGACCUGCUGGUCGUCUAAAUAUUCCAGAAACUUUUUAAUCUGACAAAUGGCCGAAGGGACAGAAACUGCAAAAAGGAUCGCUGUUGUGGCGAUGGAUGGAAGUAAACAUUCAGAUAUAGCAUUGAAUUUUUACGUGCAAAAUGUUUACAAAGAAAAUGAUGAGGUUAUAGUGAUGUACUGCGUUCACCACAAGGCACAACACAAAUAUGAGUCUAAAUGGAUGCCCGUUGAUCCAAAUAUUAUUGUCCAUAAAUACCACGAAGAAACAGCUAAAGGAGAAGAAAUAUGCAAAGGGAUAAAAGAAAAACUUGAUGCAUACCAGGUCGGCGGAAAGGUGAUGCAAUUGGAAGGAGGAGAUCCUGGUCACACCAUAAUGAAAAAAAUUGAAGAACUUGGAGCCAGUCUGGUUGUUGUCGGUUCCCGUGGUCACGGUACCCUCAGACGGAAGAUUUUGGGAAGUGUUAGUGAAUACAUUCUUCACCACUCGCCAGUACCAGUUUUCAUAAGUCGACAUUAAAGAGCAACCCCGCGUUCUUUUGUUCAUAACAGAUAUUCAUUUGAAGAUGUGCUGAAAAUCUGAGAUAAUGUCUUUGAAAGUCAUUCUUUGUGUAUAUGGGAUAGCUUCAGUAGAGGGGCUGAACAGAUUAAGACAGAUCAGUUUUCAAAGAAAUUUUGACUACAUACUUGUUCAAAUUUAUUUUUUAUUUUUUUCUUCCCCGAUCGACGGUCAAUCGAUGUCUAGUUCUAACUUGAAUCACUAAUAUAUAAUUUUCAAAUACAUUUAAUAGCAACCUCUGUAUGGCUAAGUGAGGCUUAUAUUAUAUAUUUUUUUGCGCAUUAAAAUUAUUUCAAUUUUGUCCGUCGUUUAGGUCACAAUCUAGCAUAUAAUGAGCCCGAUUGUGAGACUACAGAUAAAUAUAGAUAAGAGAGAUUAAUGUGAAUUUCAUUUCUUUCCGCGUUUCUGCUACAUAUUGGUCAUAUUUUUAUGCUGAUAAGAUAAAAUUAUCGCUAGAAUUUUCUUUUUAUCAUUGAACUUGAUGUUCAAAGGUUGUUAUUGUAAUGAACUUAGUACGACUACCAAAUUGAGUCCAAAAUACAGAAUUGCAUGUAUUUUGAUAAUUGUAUGUGUUUAAUUGUAUAAAAAUAUGAUUCUGAAUUUUAACAGUAGUUUCAUUGGACUGCUGAAUACAAUUGAAAUAGUUUACUGGCAUGUGCAUGUAUAUUUCGCUCCGGAUAACUAGAAGUGGUGUAAUGUAUACUUACCGCAAACUUGAAAGAAAAAUAUCUACAUUGUUGAUGACUUUGGAGUAAGAAUAGGUUAAGAAUUAUAACAAUAUUUUUUGACAUCAAUGUAGUCUAUUCUGCAAAUAGGAUAAGAUUUUUUUUUCAUCGAAUUUCCAAGUUUUUUUUAUAUUUUGUUUAUCUGUUGCAAAAACAAAUUCUUUGUAAAUAUUUUAUUUCUUUCUUUAUUCAUAUCUGUAUAGGACCUUCGUAGUAUUGUUUCAAUAUGCAGUCUAAUGAUGGUAUUACAAUGGUCCUGUCACGAGUCACACAUGGCGAUUUUUUGUCUAUUAUUGAAGAUUUAUGUUGACCUUCA